AAAUUACUACAAAAUCUCGAAAAAGGUAUUAYUUACUUCUAAACAGACAGCUUUGGCCGGUCAGUUUUGCCUUAAUGGAACGCGCGCCAAGUGUGCAUUAUGACUCAAGCACGAUCCCUUUGUUGUCAUUUUUAAACAUGUUGGUAUUGCUCCUGUGACUCAAAUACACAUCGUUAUCCCAUUACGCAUACAAACUGAUUYUUUGCCCUUGUUAACCACGUGCGCAGUACUCUCGUGACUCAAAYACAUAGAGGAUAUUACACGGUGGCGCGAAGAUAUAAAUUUUAUUUUCGAUUGGUGAAAACGUUUUUCAUUUUGUGUAAGAGUUUUUAAAAACUCAAAGUACCAAUCUUUUACKCCACAAAACACCAGAAAUCCGACAUAAAGAAAUUUAUCAGUAKAAAACCUUUUAAAAACGAGAAAAUAAAAUUCAUAUCUUUAAGACAACGUGUAAUGUUCAUUUUAGUUAUCUGGACAAACUAAAGCGACAAGUAGAAAUGAGCGGGAAAGUUGUUUUUGUUUGACGCGCGCGUACAUCCGGGACAUUUUGAUAACUUUUUCUUAUCUUCACUGAAAAUAUKGAAAAUACGAGUAGAACACUAUUAAUCAUAUAAUAAACGUCGUUAUUUUAUGUUUACACACUGAUUGCCCUUGCAAAGAUUGUAAAGUAAGUGCACAUUGACCCCUAACACCUSUCUACACCUAUACGUUUACAUUUGAUUUUCCUUGCCAAUUAAAUGCCUCCCGCUCUUAGCCCCGUUUUCCUUCCCCGGAUCUUAGAUGUGGGAAAGUCAGUGUUAAUGAAUAGAAGCAGUUGUGAAAUGAGAUAAAUUUUAACACCGCAAAAAAGUAAACGUGCUGUUGUACGUAAAAUGUGUUUUUGUCUUCUGUUUUUACCUCGCAAAAAAAAAUGCUUUUGAACAACAAUUAUGUCACGAGAUAUCAUUGAUCAUCGAGUCACGAGACGARAUGAGGCUCCAGUAAUAAUGAUAAUAAUGAUAAUAAUAAUUUUCGAAUUUUUGACCCAAACUUUUAUACAAAGGUGUAAAUGAGAGGUUUAAAUGAAAAAAAGAAAAAAAACUGAGAAAUUGCCCAUCUCACUUUCCAUUCGUGCAGUCGUUUUUAUGACACAGGCGCUCCUGUUCAGUGAGUUGCCACCAUGUUAUAGGAAAGUUAAUUACAUACUUAGAUUUGGCUGAAAGAAGGGACUAGCUUUUAAGCUGUUUCAAAGCUAAUAUUGGCCCAAAGAUUAGAGCGGUACUGCUAUUAAUACACUUCCUGUUUUGUUCGAGUACGUCAUAAUGUACGGGACAAUUAGGUGGGACAAUUAAAUAUGAAUUAUCUACAGUGCUAAGGACCUUGCUAUCACCAGCUGAUACACCAGUAAACAGCUAAAAAACGGAUUGUUUGUCGAUACUCAGUCUAAAGUCUGAAGAUUUUUGAAACGAACUUUAAAAUUACUUGGUGUCAAGUUCAGACGCGGAACUGUUACAAGAUACUCCGACUCUCAGCUCAUCUUUCGAUAUUAGCUUGGACGUUUUCCAGAGUAAUUUUCAUUUCAUUUUAAGGCAUUUGCACUUGUUGGUAAUCUGUCAUCUUGAGUUUUUGUUUGACGCUUUUAUUCUGACUGUUGUGGUCUUUUGUGAUGGAUUGAAUAGGUCAUUACUUCUUCACGCUGCGAAAAGUAUUGUUAUCGUCCCUCAGGGAAUCAAGGUCUUCAUAAAGGUCGAAGUUAAACAAUACUCCUCUUAAAACCUUAGAUUUAUUACUCGAUUAUUAUGGGAUUGCAGACUGUCUUGGUUGGUUAUAAAGAAAACRCGUUUGURCACUUCUGGUCAAAUGUUAUGAGAAAAGCRACCAGAUCUUGUUUGCUGAUAAAAGUUUUGAGGUAAAAACUUUGACUUGGUAAGGAGCAGAAACUUCAGACAGUUGCUAAGCUGAYGACAGAGUAAGACAAACAGUGAAGUAAUAUCUAAACAAGCUUGUGUACAGUAACUUUUGAAAUGAAGACUACAAAACCUUCCAAAUACCUUUAGCAAUCACCAUGUCUCUUCAGUUGUCGAUCAAAAACGGUCGUGUACAUCAGACAAGACUUCUUCUUGAGAUAGGCACCAAUCCAAAUACACCGGACAUCGAUUCAAAGACACCUUUAAUGCUUGCUUGUCAGAUUGACAAACAAAACAUAGGAGUACGUAUUGUACGCAUGUUAAUUGACAGAGGAGCGACUAUAAGCACUAAAGAUAAACACGACCGUACAGCUCUCAGCUAUGCAUGUAUGACUGGAAAGGACAAAAUUGUAGCAAUACUUUUGGAAGACAUUGAAUAUGAUAUCAAUGCAAAGGACGAUGAGGGCAACACACCGUUAAUGUAUGCAUCUAUGUCUGGCAACGCUGCAGCUCUGAGGUCUUUAUUAAAGGUCRUUAUGAAGUAUCGUUUAAGCGUUGAUUUAAGGAACAACAAAGGGUUUUCUGCAUACUUAUUAGCUGCUAAAAUGGGACACUUCUACUGCGCUCAUAUAUUGAAAACCGAAGGUUUUGCCUCGGAUGGCAUUCGGGAUUCCGAGUACUUUUUGAGUGACAAAGAAUGGAUGAAGAAAAUCAGGAAAGAAAUUUCCCAAAUGCAGCUAAAAGAAAAACAAGCAAGGCUGUUGAGUUCACGGUCUACACCCGGCCGAGAAACUAGACUUAAUCGGCCGCAUACGUCUGCGGAUUUUAUACAGCGGCAGUCGGCCAUUGUUGACAACAUGAAGAACUGUCGACGACCGAGACCAGGAACACGACUGACCACCUACAGUGAACCUUCGAGACCAUUAAAGUUUAAUUCUUGGAUGAACUCCACUGACGAACGCAGUGUUAGCAAAAGCAGUGAAGCUUCAGCAAGCGAAACUGGUUUCUCUAUACAGUUAUCAGAACUUUGCACAGACAAAACAGAAAGUGUUCCAGCUGUWGCAAGGACCCAAACACCUGACUUGCAUGCGAUUUUAAGUCAUUAUCUUGAUCGGGAGGUCUACAAACCUGUGAAAGUAACUCCCAGGCAUAACACAAAGGUGACGUUUGCUAACGUACCUGAUGUUUGCCCAGGAAAACCUAGUCAGCUUUCAAAACAAAGAAAACCGAGUAGAAUGAUGGCUAGACAAAAUUCAAAGAAAAACUUACUUGGACCUUGAGCAUGUUUGACGUUCUGUGAAUAGGAAGAUAGAAGAGGGCAUAAAUAGUUCACAUAUUGUAUGUUUUGUUCUGCACUUAUGUGUAUUGAAUUGAGCACUGUUCAACCGCGUCAGCUACUAUUUCACUCGGCUAAGUUUCAAAAUACCGAUGCUGUGCCAUUGAUUGCAUGAAAAUCAAGGCAACUCAAGUUAGUUUUGUGAUGAGUCCACUAACGACCUAUUCAUUUGUUUACCCUUGAGGUAUUGUAAAUUUUGACAAUUGAAUCAAGUGUUACUGUAAAUAGAUAGAAAUGAUGGAAUACGAAGGAUAGAUCAGAAUAAAGAUUUGAGAAUUAACUGUU